AUUUAUGUUCUACAAGAAAAACUUUAUGCUUUCCUCAUUCGGUAUGUGUGUAUCCAGUAGUGUUGAUUCCAAGUUUCGGGGUGGGUGGGCUAUGAUUGCAGUGAAAACCAAUAAAAGAAAACAAUAGGUCUUGCCGGUGCGAGUGCCCGGCAAUGAUAAGAUUGCUUCGAACCCAUGACAAAUGGACGGUACAUUACAGAACACAGGGCAAACCACAACCACUCGCUCACAACUACAUGUGGGGAGAAAGUGGACUGACCGUCACACAAGCACAUUGAUGUGUCCACAAAGGAUGUCAUAAAACAGCUGAGGCAGAGUAAUGUAAAUGUCACAAAGGUUUAUAGUAUUGUAUAAAAAAAAUUGAGAUAUCGAUAAUGUUUCGUUUACGAAACGGACACUGAGAAAUCUGUGCGGGAAAAUAAACAAGGAACGGGCACAGGAUGAUGUUAGGAAAAAACAUAGAUGUAUUUGCGGAGAUAGCUGCAAAGGACCAGUAAUUUGUGUUCAGGAUUCAGCCUGAUGCAGACGGCCGGAUCAAGAACUUGAUGUGGGCAACGAGGAGCAGUAGGAAUCAGUACAUCUAUUAUGGUGAUGUUGUAAACGUUUGACACGGGGCUGGCGUUUUGGCUCCGAACAGUACCCUGAAAAAAAUAUUAAAUGUUUUAAAUUCUGAAAAAAAAUUGUAGAUGAUCAUGCUGGUGUCGCAAGCAUGCUUGACAAUUUUCAUGCGGAACGGAGCAGCGGGGGUUCGUCGGUGAAAAAAAUAAAAUUGGGGUGACAUUUGGUCUUCGAUUUGUUUAUUUUGCGCAAGCCGAAAUGCUUAACCUUUUUGCCUCAAAAUUUACGGAUAGCAUUUGUAUGUGGCAAAGAUCACACAAAAAAAAUUGUCUCAAUUUUGUUGACAUUUGAAAAAAAUUUGGACCCGGGAGCCAAAUUGACCAAAUCUGUACGACAUGCCAUUCGGCUUGUUCGUCGGGGUGAACGACCACUUUUAGAGCAUUAUAUUAGCUGGGGUGCUUCUUCGGGGUGAGCAGAUGGAAAGCUUUGAGUGGGUUUGUAAAGAAUUUGACUGGAUGAUGGGUGGCACCCCUCCGGUGGCCAUCCUGACAGACCAAUGCAGGGCAAUGGAGGUUGCAAUUAAGAACACUUUGCCGACGACAGCUCAUCGAUGGUGCAAAUGGCACGUGCUGGAGAAAGCAAAGGAGACCUUAGGGCCAAUGUACACAAAGAUGAGUGAGUUCAGAGCUGAGUUCCAUAAAGUUAUCAACCACAUGUUGACGAUUGAAGAGUUUGAAGAGGCGUGGAAGAUGCUGGUGGAGAAGUACAGCCUGAAGACCCAUGUGUACAUGACCCAGAUAUACGAAAUCAGGCACAAGUGGGUGAAACCAUACUUCAAGUGUGUUUUCUGCGCAAAUAUGACCAGCCCGCAGAGAAGCGAGAGUGCGAACGGCAUGUUGAAGUCGUAUGUGCCGCCGGGGUGCCCAAUGCACAUGUUUGUGAAGAAGUACAUGCAUUUGCAGUUCUACAUCGACUCCGGAGAAAGCUAUGAAGAGAAGAGGACCAAAACUGUGAGUGUUCAGUUCUCAAGUGUGUGUCUGUUCGUACAGAGUAGACUGACCCGUCUCCGAAGAAAGCUAUGAAGAGAAGAGGACCAAAACUGUGAGUGUUCAGUUCUCGAGUGUGUUCGUACAGAGUAGACUGACCGUGUUAUUCGUGCAGGGUGAUGUAAUGCCAGUUCGGCGAUCUGUUGUACCAUCAUAAAAAUGACGAAUGUUAUCUGAAAGCAAUCUUUCUCCAA